GUUCCAAAGAUGGAGGACUCUCAUGUCUGCACUCCGCACACUGCGGAGCCAGACGACUUAAAUAACAUGACCAGUUUCCCCAACGCGACCUCUGUCACAGAUCGUGACAAAGUAAUAAACAUUAAACUUGAUAGUGCCCAGGUUGAAGGAGACAAGAGUGAGAAAGAGCUGCUGGACGGUCUCAUCACAACCAGUUACUGCCAUCUGUGCUGCUCCAAGCUGAUGGGCGAAUAUCACAGAUCGUCCCACUAUCAGGGAAAGAAGCAUGCUCACAAAGUGAAGACGUACAUUAAAGCCUUCAGAGAAGAGAAGACGGCAGGGUGUCCGCAGGCCAUGUCUAAUGACAAAAACCGUUUCUGUGAGCUGUGUAACAUGGUGUUUAGUUCUGACGUGGUGGCAAAGUCGCACUAUGACGGCAAAGUUCAUGCAAAAAACCUCCGUAAAAAUAGUCUUCACUCACCAGCAUCUACAGACAGAAACACAGAAGUACAUCUUCCACCAAGCCUCACUCAGUAUGCUGCUGACUGUGACCAGAAACCGUCCCCAGACCGCAACGUGGAGCUGCGCGUGGAUGCAGCGGCCUGCCCAGCUCUUCCCAGCAAUGAGCUCGAUCUGAAGGAUCCCAACAAGUUCUGCCGCCUUUGUUCUGCCCUCUUCAACAACCCUCAGAUGGCCAUGCAGCACUACAACGGACGCAAGCACCAGAGGAAUCAGGCCAAGCAGGUACAAGAAGCCAACUCCCUGACGUGUGAGGUGUGUGGUGUGCAAACAAACUCUGUGGAGACGUACCACACUCACAUGCAGGGAAGCAAACACCAGAUCAGGGAGAAGAAGAUUAGUGACGUUUCGAAAUGCCAGCCUAAAGCCUACGGCACAUUUGCAGACGAGCUGGCAGAUUACAUUCAGGCUCAGAAAGCUCGCGGAAUCACGCCCAAGACCAGUCUAGGUCUUCCUCAAGACGGGAUGCAGAAGAAGGAUGAAGAUGAUGAUGAAGAAAAGCAGGAAAGAUUAGGCCAGUGGGAUAUGACAGGAGAGAAAUCUGCUAGGUUUAACCUCCCUCACAACUCCAACACUGGAACAUGGCAUCCGUCUUAUCUCCGUCCAUCCAUGCCGCCCCACAAGUGGGACAACCCAGCACCAUUCCACCCAUGCUCAGGUUCCCCACAGUUCAGCCAUUGGCCCAUGAAGAGUGGGCGGGACAGAAGACUUUCAAGUUCCUCUACAUAUUCUACCUCCUCAUCGACUUCAUAUUCUUCCUCCAGCACUGACACCAGCAGCGACAGUGACGAUAGUGUAUACAGACACAGAGGGAAGCGGAGGAUCAGAAGAUCUGGGAGAGACAGAGACAGGAAGGGAGGACACGGGGAGUCAGACAAGAAAGAAAAGGGAAGGAAGCGUCCGAAAAGGGAGUCUGAGUAUAACUUGGAAGAAUCCGAGGAUGAAAGGAGGAGAAAAAGGCUCAAAUGUCACGGCACAAAGAAGCAAAAAGAAAAAAAAUCCAUUCAGGAGAUCUUUGAGUUGGACAGAGAAGAAAAGCAGGUGGACUCAAUCAAGAAAGAGGACACGAUGGAGGCUGAGAAAGAGACUGAAGCGCAUUUACCAGCUGAAACGGAACAGAUGGAGGGUGGACAGGGCAACGCAGCUCAACCCAAAUCUAGGAAAGAGAAGAAAACGAAAGGGAAAGCUGACACUAGGACUGAGGAGGAGAAGCUGUGGGACGACUCUAUCCUAGGUUGCUAAACGAGCAGGACCGUCUGAACUUUGUCCUCUGAACUGUUGACAUUUUGGGAAACCUAAAAUGGACAAUAUGAUCAGCUGUCACUUACUAUAACAUGACUGUCUUUCAGUUGUCUUUCAGUGCAAUUCAUUUCAGCUUGAUUUAUAAAGCACCAGAUCAUAACAAAUGUAAUUUCCAACAUCAUCUUGUUGUAAGUAGCGAGUUGUUGGCUGUGAUAUUAAAGUCUUUCAUGUUUUCAUCAAUCCUUCAAACCUUUGAAACAAGUCAUUAAGAUGCAGUGUUGUGAUGGUGAUGAAGAAUAAACUGUAAAACCUGCA